UCUGGGGCCACCGUCUUGCCCUUUCGCAUCCCCGUACUAUCAAUACAAUCGUGAACAAGUAGCUAUGGCAGUCAGACCAAACGUCCUCAGCGCGUUGCGGCGCUUCACCUCUUGUGAUGUCGGCGACGCCCUCGUCAAGCUCGGAGUCCCUCAGGGCGGCUAUUUAUCCGGUCUCAAAAUGUACUCUCCGGAUUUCAUGUCACCCACAGCAAAGUUCCUCGGCCCGGCAUACACAGUGAAAAUGGUGCAUGCCUCGGACAAGGUUUCGCCAACGCCUAAGGUUCAUUUCGCCGAUGCCGUCCCCAAAGACAGCGUUGUAUUUGUGUCACAACCGAGAGGCUUGAUCAGUGCUUGUUGGGGAGGACUCAUGAGCACUCGGGCUCAGAAACGUGGUGCUGCCGGAGUUAUCAUUGAUGGCAAAUUUCGCGAUAUCAAUGAACACCGGGAGCUGGGAAUGACCCUGUUUGCGCGCGACAUUAGCAUUUUGGGAUCCAACUCUUUCACUCGUUCUUCUGAAUUGGAUGUACCAGUUACCUACGAGAACUCAGAGAAUGGGGGGCAGGUUGUUAUUAAUCCUGGUGAUUAUAUCCUUGGAGAUGCGGAUGGGGUGGUUGUCGUUCCGCCUGAAAAGGCAGAAGAGUGCGUGCGCCUCUGCCAGGAACGCUUUGAUAUUGAUGAGGAGACACGGCGUUGUCUGGAACAGGGUGAUGAAAUAGGGAGCACUAUCAAGAGGCUGAGGAAAUAAGCUAGCCGUGAGAUCCAGCUUGUUUUGAGGGUCUGUAUUGUCCUUCUCGCAGACUUGUGAAUAGCCUUGAAGUAAAAUACUGAUGCCUCUAUGGACUGUAUCGGAAUGUAUAGUAUAUGAGACACA